UUGAGUGCGCAAUGAGUUAAGUGUUCACAUGGUUUACACCAAGAAAGCGAAAUAAGUCAGAGAAAAAACGAAUUAUGUCGUCGGAUAUUCCAUCUGAUCAUCCUGAGGUACUCCCUCCUCCUGUACUAUGGGCCCAAAGGAAAGGUCUUCUUUAUGUGAAGAUUGCAUUGGAAGAUUGUAGCCAUCCAGUAAUAAAGUUAGAAAAAGAUAAACUGUACUUCAGAGGAAUUGGAGGGACAGAGAUGAAAGACCAUGAAAUUACUCUUGAUUUUUUUAAAGAAAUUAAACCAGAUGACUCCAAAUAUUUAGUCAAAGGACGAGAAGUAGAAUUUAUUCUAAUAAAAGCUGAUGAAGGUCCAUAUUGGAAACGAUUGCUCAAAGAUGACAAAAAACAUCACUGGCUUAAAGUAGAUUUCAACAAAUGGAGAGAUGAAGAUGAUUCAGAUGAUGAUAAUGACACAGAUAAGAAUGCAGACUUUACAGAGAUGAUGCGACAGAUGGGUGGAUUGGGUGGUAAUAGUAACACUGCUUUAGAUGACAGGGAUGGUGAACCUGACAGUGAUGAUGAAGAUUUACCAGACCUGGAAUGAAAAGGGGGAUCAUCAUCAUCAUAGAAAUACAUUUAUAAUUACCUAGAUUCAUUGCGGUAUGCCAUUUUUUUUUGUCAUAAUUUGUGUGGCUAUCAAAAAUCCUAAAUUUCCACAAUUUUCCAGGACUUUAAUGUGAACAUCGUGAUUAGUCUUGUACAGCUCCAUGUAAUAAUGACAAUUAAGUCAUUUUACACUAAAGACGAAGGUUAAUUAAAGAACUUGUAUACAGAGUAAAUGUAAUUAAACAGUUGUCAGGAUUUGUAAGUAGAUAAUUACUUUUUGGAGUUGUUGAUAAUAAUUUAAAAUCUGAAACGUGCAUUUGUUAAAAGUUAAACAUAAUUUUAUAGACUUGUUUAAAAUAUGGAAAAAAUAUUUAGAUUUGUGUGAAUAAUAUUUUAGUGUCUACAAAAAAAAUUACCCAAUUAAAAAAAUCUAACUUGACCUUUGUCUUGCUAACAUUGCUUUGUUUGAUAUUGGUGGUUAGUAGUUUAGUCCUGGAACUUUGUGGAAUGAGACAAGAAAAAAUAUUUUGUAUUGAACUUACCAGAAAAAAAAAAUGUGUAAUGUAUCAUCAGGAUUGUAUGAUAAAUCUAAAGAACAUAUAUUUUGUGUGAAUGCUACCAUCAUCUUUCUCUGUAACCUUUAAAAUUAUUUUAUUUAAGUAAUCCAUUUGCAAACGUAAAUUUGAAUGUUUUCUUUUAUACAAACCCACGCAACUUCUUCAGAAAUACUAUCACACACAUUCCUUGUGUGUGUCAAGUUUUGUAUAUAAUGUUGAAUGCUUUAUCAUUACAUAAACAAUUUGUAAAGAAAUAAAUUACUGAAACCAUGCUUAUUUUGCAUGCAAUAGUUUUGAGAUCAAUUUAAAUAAGAUAGCUAGCACGUAAAAUGUUUGCUUAAAAUUUGUUAAUAAAAGUCCUUAAUGAAUCUUCUUCAGUGACUGUUGUGAGGUACUAAUCAUUUUAAAGUAUUUUCACAAUAAAAGAGAAAAAAAAUAUUCCAAUCUGAGUGACAAAAGUAUUUGAUGGAUUUUGAGUAUCAUCCAAAGUAUUGCUUAAUAAAAGCCAAAACAGGAGCACUUUACACACAGCCCAAAGUACAAAGGGAAAAUUUUGUGAUUACGAGAGAAUGUAUUGGUACAAUAAAUUGAUGCAGAUGCUAAAAUACUGUGAAGUUUUUGUUACAAAGUUCCAACUCGUAAAUACCAUGUAUUUUGAAUAAUUGGUCAACAGUGAAGAGGAAAAUCUUGGUUAACUACAGUUUCUUACAAAGGAAAAAUAUAACUUCUAUCCAAGUAUUCUUAAUUAAAUAUAUUAUUUAAACACUUUUGUUUCUAGUAGAUGUUGAAAGGAAGAACUUUAAAAUUUUUCAUUACAUUUUACUUUAAGGUAUGAAAUGGAUAACAGACUUUAAAUUCAUUGAUUAUUUUUCGUGUUUGUUGAAUAUGUUUUUAUAUUGUUAAUAAACUGUGUAUCCACAAGCUUCUAAACUAAUAGUAAAUUCAUAAGCUUGUAUAAUUAAUGUCCUUCAAAUACUCUUAAUACUGGAAUGCUGAUUUUGAUGAUGAGACCUAAUUUGUAACUUUUAAGUUAAAAAUAGCUACAAUUCAGGUUAUGUAUGAAAUCCAAGCCAGUGCUCCACAGAUUAUUAUAAGUCAUGACAAAUUUGCUAGAACUGUAUGAAUUUUAUAUGUAGUUUCUCUACAUCUUUUGGUAUGAUACAUAAUAAAAUUUGUUGAAACAACUAAAUUUGAACAGUAUUACAUUAACUUUUUUUUGUAGUAGUAGUAAAGAUCAUCUGGAUUGAAAUAAAGCUCCAAUUCAUUAAAACUC